AAGAAUCAAGCUAUUUUAAUAGUAAAGAUGAUGAUGUAGAGCUAGAUAAUAUUGAGGAAGAAGACAAUCAAAUUAUGCUACUAGAAUUGAAAAAGGGAAUGUCAGUAUUUGAUAACCAAUCAAAAAAUGCAAUAUUGAGUGAAUAUCGAAAUGAAAUCUCAACCAGAGGUUUAUCAUCAAUUAUUGAUGAAUAUUUUUUAGAAUUAAAUAGAGUAUUACAAAAGCAAAUGCCUAAUAUUGUGCAAUUACAUGAUCCUAGACAACAGUUUGGAUUUGGUAUAGGAUAUGCAAAAAAAGCAUUAGAUUAUACUAUUCAUAUAGAUAAAAUGAAUAAACUUGUUAAUCAGCUUGAUAAAUUUAUUAAUAAAAUGAAAGAGGAGCUCUUAAGUACUCAAGAAAUAAUAAUAACAUUAUUAGUGACCCAAUAUGGGUACAGCAUAAAGGACGAUAACCUAAAAGAUAUAAAUCAGAAGGUGAAGUAG